AUGCGCAGCCUCACUGUUGGUCUCCUCGUCGGGGCUGCUGGCCCGGCACUGGGCUUGUCGCCUCUGGAUACCUUCUACCCGCCUACUCUCAAUCAAACCUCAUACAUCUCCAACGCAUCGAUUGGAACUUAUGGCGGCAUUUACACGGCUCCUACCAAGGGUCCGACCGGUGGCAAUCCAUACGGGACCUAUGACUACUGUGCCAUGCCGCAUCCCCGCUCCCAGGAGUACCAGUUGCCCGAGCCCAUCGCGAAGGGAUCGGUUAAAGGACAGCUUGUUUACCUCGAGUACCUUCAACGCCAUCAACGACGUACUCCUUACAACAUCCUGCCUGGAGGCGAAAACCAAGCUUAUGAGUGCAACAAUGUCCGGCCGUAUCUCUAUGCUGGCCCGAACAGCGCGAGUGGGAUUCAGCCCAUGCCGAUGUACGCUCAGACCUACCAGGAUUCCACCAACCCUUUCAAACCUGAUGUGAACGGUACCUGCCAGUAUCCCCAGAUCACGAUCGGUGGUGUGCAGGAUGGGUACCAGCAUGGCCAGGAUCUCUGGAAUGUAUACGGCAAGAAGCUCGGUCUUAUUCCCAAGCAGCCUAACGACCGUGUCUGGUUCCGUUCCAGUAACUCGGCUCUUACCCAGGGUACUGCCGGUGCGGUCCUUCGUGGAGUCUGGCCCACCUACGAUGGCGCCUUGCCCCUGCACCAGAUGGCUUCCUCCGUUGACACUGUCAACGAGGGCUAUUCUUGCAGCGCCAUUAGCUCUACCCUGAGUCAGCUAGAGUCGACUACCGAGUGGCAGGAGCACCUUUCUGUGACAAGCGGGCUGCGCUCUGAACUUGGUUCUAUGCUAGGUGCCACUUCCAGCUCAUGGCAGGGUACUUUCGACCACUUCUCCGACAACUUCCAGGGUCGCCUGUGCAAUGGCUACGAAUUGCCGUGCAGCGUGACCAACUCCUCGGCAUGUGUGACUAUGGAAAUGGCGGAGGAAGUUUUCCGUGCGGGCGACUGGGAAUGGAACUACUACUGGCGCACCAACCCCUACGCCACCAAGUACAUUCGAGUCGUGGAGGGCCUUUUCAUCGGCGAGAUCAUCGCUCACCUGCAAGCUGUACAAGACGAGUCUUCUUCUCUGGACUACAGCCAUACCUUCAUUCACGACGGUGAUAUUGGUCCUAUCCUGGGGUCGCUGGGUAUCAAUGCCCUGCGCUGGCCGGCUAUGGGAUCCAACAUUGCUUUCGAAGUUUGGAAAACCGAGGGGAAGAGUAGCGCUUUCUAUGCUCGCGUUCUUUACAGUGGCCAGCCGGUGCAGACCAUUCACGGUACUCUGGAUUGGAUCCCCCUUUCGGAUCUGAUCCAAAUCAUGAGUCCCUACGUGCCGGAUGACAUUACCUCACUCUGUGGAUAA